AUGGCGUCAGAAGAGCUGUUCAAAGAUGUUCCUCCUUUUCCCAACGAUAUCUCUACUGUCCAGAUGAGCACUAUCUCGCUCUCUCGCCUGCGAGAGAAUGAUGCAGCAACUGCACAGCAAGCCUCGACAGCUUGUGCAGAACUUGGCUUCUUUUUCCUCGACUUGCGUGGAGACAGUCUAGGGGAGGCUAUGGUCGAAUGCAUCGAUGAGCUGUUCUACAUCGGCAAGGACAUUUUCGAUCUACCAGAGAGUGUCAAGAAUCAAUAUCUGCACGACAUUCCAAAAAGUUUCCUGGGCUUCAAGCCCCGAGGCGCCGCGAAAACGGAAACAAAGCAGCCGGAUAGGUUUGAGUGGUUCAACCUUGGUCAGGACGGUCUAAUGGGGACCACUGACUUGCAGCCGUUGCCUGAUUUUGUGCUCAAACGCAUCGACUACUUCAAGAGGCAUCUAUCGCUGCCACAAGAUACCUUUUCUGCGCUCCAGCGCCCAACAGAACCAUCCGGGACCGCGAUCCGCCUCAUCAAGACAUUUGCCAGCCCCGACGACGAAGACCUCCGCACAAGCAUGGCGCACCAUACCGACUUUGGCACCAUUACUCUCCUGGCCAACAUCGUGGGCGGCCUGCAGAUUCUCAAGCGCGGCGGAUCCGCCUCGGACGAGGGCGCCUGGCGGUGGGUGCGUCCGCAGCCGGGCUGCCUGAUUGUGAACCUGGGAGACGCCAUGGUGCAGUGGUCUGGCGGCGCCUUGCGCAGCAACAUGCAUCGCAUCCGGUACGCGCCCGGGGAGCAGCGCGCGGUCGACCGCUACAGCCUGGCCAUGCUCUUCCGACCGGAGCAGAAUGCGAGCAUGAAGCCGAGAGUGACACGAAGUGCAGAAGGAGUAGAGGAUACUGACCUGACGGCCUGGGAGUGGGAGGUCAAAAGGAUGAUGGCGUACAGCCGCGGCGAGGCGCAGGCCGAGAGCAAGGGGGGCACAGCUAUUAAAGCGUAG